GCACCACACCGCACCGCAAUUUUGAGGUGUGGUUUACGCGGUUUUUAUAUUACGCGGUGCGGUUGCGGUUUAUGAAUUUUCCCAAACCGCAUGCGCGGGUUGGUUUGCGGUUUUAGGAAAAAACCGCACCGCCCGCACCGCGAACACCCCUAAUGAGUGUGUUAUAUAUCGAGUUGAUGAAAGUCAACUCAGAAUCGUUUGAUGAAGAAGAGACAGUGUUUCACUUGUGUGUUACUUAUAAUCGUUUGAAUCUUCUUAUUCGUUUAUUAAAGUUGAAUGAUUACGAUCUGUCAAACAUCAAAGAUGGGAAUGACGACACUGUUUUACACACUGCAGCUGCUUUAAAACGGGUGCAGAUGAUUAAAUACCUGGUCAAGAGUAGAAAUAAAGUGGAUGUGAAUGCGGUGAAUAAAAAAGGUCUCACAGCUUUGGACAUAGUAGAGCAGAUGCCGAAAGAUCUGAAAAUGAUGGAAAUUAAGGAGCUUCUUAUCUCAUCAGCUAAUCCUUCUAUGGUUAUUGAGGACGUUGUACCAACCACGAAGGCUACCACAGCAGCUGAUGAUAACGGAGGAGGAGGAGGAGGAGCUGAUGACGACAGCAUAAUCAAUGUGAUGAAGGGGUGGUGGAAUAAGAUGAAAAAGUAUACCAUCCUUCAAGAAAAAGCUGCCCAAAGAGACGAGUACGUACUAUUAGCCGCAACUGUAAUAGCUUCCAUUGCUUACCAAGCAGCUAUUAGCCCUCCUGGUGGAGUCUCUUCAGGGGAAGCUCCUGACUCUUCUAAUCAAUAUCCUGAACUUUACCCUGGAGAUUCAUUUCUAGCCUACUUCAACACCUCACUGAGUAAUGUGUUUUGGACAGCAAACACCAUUUCUUAUAUGGCUGCUCUAAGUGUCAUAUUUCUCUAUGUAAGUGGCGCAACUCUGAAACAGAAGCUCUUCAUUUGGCUCAUAAGGGCAGCCAUGUGGAUAACUCUCACCGCAAAUACGCUGGCCUAUGCCUGUGCAGUUGCUGCCACCCACCUAAACUACAAUGCUGACGACUACACAGUUAAUGGUGUCCUUGUCGGACUGAUUGUUUGGUUGGGAUUGAUUUUCCUAUCCUUGUUAGCUGUUAUUUUUCGUGCUAUUCGUUAUAUGGUGAGAAAAAUUAUAAAGAAAAAUGAUGCGUGGAAGAAGAGAUAUACCAGCAGACACCCCGCCUCCAUCACACCCCAAAAUAUUCAUGUCGUCUCUUUCAAUUCUCCUGCCUAGCUAUGUCGUCUCUUUCAAUUCUUUAUUUCUCAUUUAGUUUUCCAUAAAAAUAUGCAGUUCAUAUUUAUAUGUACUGUAUUUUGUACGAAUUUCUUUUAUGUCCGCAAUCCAUGUAAUCCUCGCAUUGUUAAUUA